GCUGCAAAUGUCCUAUCUGCUUGACGUGGAGGUGUUCAAUGAUAAUGACGCCGCAGGGGCGACUCAAAGAUAACGAACGGCCAAGCCUAUCUUUCUGCCAUAAAACCUGACCUCUUUUUCUUGCUGAUAGUCAAACGACCCUGUCGAGAUGGAACCAUUCUCACCAUUCACAGGCGGGGCCUCACUACUUCUGUCGUUCCGGGUUCAGAAGAAGACGGUGCUGGUCAUCGGCGGGGAUGCACUUGCUGCAUCCCGUGCUUACGUGUCUCUCGAGGCAGACGCGAAUGUUGUCGUGCUCGUCCGAGGGGGUUUACAGGCCGUUUGUGACGAGUUGCAAUGGCGGGCCCGGCAGGGCCAGGUGUCUGUGCUCGACUGGGGUACACUUUUGUCUGACAGCCGUAUGGACAACGUCGGUGCACUAGAGGGCGUAUCCUCCCCCAGAACACCCUCUAUUUCCCUUGUCUGUGUAACCGGUACACUAUCCCCCUCAUUCUCGUCCCGCACUCGGAUCCUCGCACCGCAUAUUGCUCGAGUAUGUCGAGCCUACCGUAUACCCCACUCUGCGACUUUUACUUCGCUAUCCACGCAUCGCUUCGUUGAUCCAACCACGGGCGCUAAGAGUUCGAUGCAACUCGGUGUCACAGCUAAUGGGGAGGGUUGUCGCCUCGUUAGUCGUAUACGAAGAGAAGCUGUUGCAGCCCUACCAAAGGAACUUGGAGGUGCGGUCACUGCGUCGCGUGAGCAGGAACGCAAGGCAGAAGGAGCCGGCGCGGUAGAUGAGAAAAAUGACGUUGAUUUGGAUACGGAAGGGGAGAAUGGUGAUGCAGAGGAUACGAGUGUGAACACUCCUAAUCAGCCGGUGCCGAUUCGGCGAGCAGAUGAACCGGAGAGCGUAGCCGAAGCAGUCAAACGCAGGAUGCGGUGGGUCGCGCAAGUCAGCGAGUACUGGCCUAUCUCCCGACUUUCUGCUCUCAAGGAGCCCGAGAUGCGGGUGGUGCUAAGCGGUAGUAUUGGGCUACCGUCCGUAGGACAAAACAAUCACGGAGAAUCGUCGUCUUCGCAGUCCCUGCCUCCUUUACAGAUGGAACUACGAUCGCAACACGGAUUGAAAUCCAUUUCACCCAUUUCAUCCAAGAAGGAAGGGCGUAUCCUACUCGUCGGCUCUGGCCCUGGUCAUCCGUCAUUGCUGACACUUGCUACACAUAAUGCCCUAACCAAACACGCAGACCUUGUCUUGUCCGACAAGCUUGUACCCUCGGCUGUUCUGGAAUUGAUACCACAACAUGUCGAGCUACGGAUUGCACGCAAGUUCCCCGGCAAUGCAGACGGCGCGCAAACGGAGAUGAUGGAGGCUGCUGUAGAAGCUGCCAGGCGUGGAUUGACAGUCGUUCGACUAAAACAAGGGGAUCCAGUUGUAUAUGGUCGCGCAGGCGAGGAGGUACUCUACUUCCGUUCACACGGGUUUGAGCCCCUUGUCGUACCGGGCGUAUCUUCGGCGCUCGCAGCCCCGACAUUUGCGGGGAUCCCCGUGACACAACUCUGUACUGGUGUUGGGCGACAAGGCAAAGAAGUGCGGUUACCGGGAUACGAGCGCUCUCGGACAUUGCUGAUUUUGAUGGGGGUCGCUCGUCUUACGGAGGUAGUCGGUGCACUUCUCGGAUGUUCCCCGUUCAACACAACUUCUGAGGGUGAUUCAAAAGGCGAUGGUAGAAGAGAUGGCUCGCCCUACCCUCCGACUACCCCGAUUGCCAUCAUCGAGCGUGGGUCGAUGCCGGACCAGCGGGUGCUCGUGUCCACGCUUGCUGAUGUGUGUACAGCAUUGGAGAGUUUGGGGGCGCAGCGUCCUCCUGGGAUGAUCGUAGUGGGUUGGGCUGUUCUUGCUUUGCAUGGGCACGGAGACGUUCGUGUAUUGGAAGAAGGGGAAGGAGGUGAUGAGGAGAGGGUGAAGCGGUGGCUGGGUGGACGAAGGUGGAAUGUGAUAGAGGGCAUUUCGGAAGGCUGGGCAGCGCUGUGAGGGUUGUACUUGACCUGAUUUCGAUUUUAUGUAUCUCGCUUGGAUAUCAUGUUUUUCAAAAUCUUAUCUAAUCUUGUCAAUGUCGCG